CACCUGCACAUAACGCGGUGGCUUCUUUUACAGUUUUAGAAACUAUUUGAUUUUGUCCUGACAGGGUUUCUGCCUGCGUGGCUCUGGUGAUGGUUUCACUACUCCAAGAUCAAGCAAAUAUUAAGUUUUCUUCUUCGGACACUCUGGAAAGGGAUCAACAAGACCUCAUGAAGACACAUGGGGACUCAGUAUCCCCAGUUCAGCAAACUGAUAAUCCCAGUUACAAUUGCCAACCAUACGAGUCAGACGGCAGGACAGAAAGGAAGAGCUCAGAGUCUUCUCACAGCCCCAGCCCUGCUUCUCCAGCCCAGGAUCAGAUUCAUGGGAGAUAUCCUACAAGCCAAGGAAUUCACUGUGGCAAGAACAAAUUUAAAGCAUCUUUCAGUACUGAGAAGUUCAGGAGGUUCAGUUACGAGGAAAGCACUGCAGGAAAUUAUGACAGGUUUCUCAAGAGCAGCAGAAACCCCUUUCACCCUUACAAGAGGCAGAUCAGUGAAGAUGUCUUCCAGGAAGCACAUCAAAACCUCCCACCAGAAGCUUCACCCUUCAAAAAUGCCAGAAGCAUCGAUGGGUUUGAGGGUCUACCAGGAUCUACAGGUCCUGAUGAGUCAGAGUCAUUUCCGACACACAUUCCAAACAUCUCCACAGAACAACCCUGGUGUAACAGCCUCCAGUACAGCACCACAGGUCAAGAUCACACUUCACAAGUCAUGCAGGAUCCAGACAUGAAGCUCAGGACAUCCCCCCUGGAAGGGCAGCCUGGUUUGUAUUGCUAUCAGCCUCAAGUGCAGCAGAUGUAUUGCCCCUCACAUCCUUUCCAUCAGUAUUCCUCGGGAGGCAGCUAUCCUGUGACUUACAUUACUUCUUCGCACUACCCCUACCAACGAAUCGCUCCUCAAAGCAGUCAAGAAUCCCAGCAGCCUCUGUUUCCCAAACCCAUCUACUCCUACAGCAUCCUGAUCUUCAUGGCACUCAAAAACAGCAAGACAGGGAGUUUGCCAGUCAGUGAGAUUUACAAUUUCAUGACGGAACACUUCCCUUACUUUAAGACAGCUCCGGACGGCUGGAAGAAUUCUGUACGUCACAACUUAUCUUUGAACAAAUGCUUUGAGAAAGUUGAAAACAAAUCAGGCAAUUCUUCUCGGAAAGGCUGUUUGUGGGCUCUGAAUCCAGCCAAAAUCGAUAAGAUGCAGGAGGAGCUUCAGAAAUGGAAGAGGAAAGACCCAGUUGCUGUAAGGAAGAGUAUGGCAAAGCCAGAAGAACUUGACACACUGAUAGGCGACAAAAGCGAAAAGCUGAGAUCUUCAAUGAUGUCCGGCAGUCCGACUGGCGUUGCAACUGCAUCCCUUUCCAGGCAGAUGGCAGUCCAAUCCCAUUCCUUAUGCGAGCCCUCGCUUUCCUCCGGUAUACCACAGCCAUUACAUAGUAUCCACGCAUCAGGAGCUCUACAUGUCAAGAACCCGUUGCCAAAUUUGCUUGGGGGGCAGCAAACUGCGUGCUAUACAUCAACACAGGGUUUUCCUCAAAUCUCAAGUACAUUAAUGCAACAGUCACCCGACCCUCAGACCCUUUUUCCUUCUGCGGAGGCUCAAAGUGAACUCAGAACUCAGCCUAGCAUCACCCAGGACUCACCGCUGCCGGCUCAGACCCCCCCCAGCUGUGGAGUGAAGAUGCUGACAGAGCACUCUACAGCCAGGACAAUGCAGGACACGCUCAUGCAGGAAGGAGAUCUCAGCAAUGAUAUCGAUGCUCUUAAUCCAUCCCUGACUGAUUUUGAUCUCCAAGGAAACCUUUGGGAGGAGCUGAAAGAUGACAGCUUAGCUGUGGAUCCCCUAGUUCUCAUUUCAUCAUCCCCAGUGUCUUCCCAAUGUUUCCCUUCUCACUGCCAGAUGGAGAACACCAGCAGCAAUAGCAUCAACACCCAGAAUGGAACCCCACACAGCAAUGUGCCUGACCUACAGCUCACUACUCUUUACUCUGCCUUUAUGGAACUGGAUACAGUGUCUCCUGCCUACCUAAGUAAUACUGGAUCCAAACCUAUAGCACUAAUGUGAACCACGCACCAACCUAGUUAUUAUUACUUGGUCUGAAUACAGUCCUAACCAUCCCACACACUGACCAGCUGAAACUGUGUCCAUUGGAAUAAGAAUACUCUUUUUCCAGAACUCACCCGCAGGAUAUGUAGCUUUACUAUGACAAUUUUCUACAGACAGAUACUAAGAAAGUUUAAAAGACUAUUUAAAGAUAAUAUUGUUAACGGCUGAACUGGUCAACACCAUUUUAUCAAGCCACUCAUCUUCUCUAUCUUCCAGGAACAAAUGACUAUAAGAGGAAAACAAAUUAUUGACAUUUUUCUUUUCUUUUUCAAAAUGAAAGCUGCUUGCAAAUGAACACAGAAGCCAGAGCUUACAAUAAUGUAACUUAUUUCUUGGAGCCAGUGAUGGCAACAACAUCUUCCGCACACAACUCAAAACCAAUCUGCAUAUUAAAACAUUUAUAGUCCCCUUGAAAGAAGUUCUGGGGGUUGGUAAACAAGAACAUAAACUGAAAACUCUGCAAGUAUUAGAAGAUAGAGGACUAGCUGCUGCCAGACUAAACCAAAGCAACAGAUAGAAUUUAGCAAAAAA